AUGGACAUGCAGUUUGUCUACGACCUUUUAGGGGAAAAUGCUUGGUCGUACGUCGGUGCUACCUUCGUGGUUUUGUGGUUUGUCGUGUGGCUGUACAGAGACAGCCUGGAGAUCGAGGAACUUACGGACAAGUAUGUGUUUGUGACCGGCUGUGACUCUGGGUUUGGUAACCUGCUGUGUAAGAAGCUCGAUCGUAGAGGUCUCCACGUUUUGGCCGGCUGCCUCACAGAAAAGGGAGCUGAUGACCUGAAGAGGGCGACGGGGCCUUAUUUGAAGACUGUCCUGCUAGAUGUGGCCAGUCAGGACAGCAUCGAAGAAGCCAUGGAGUGGACCAAGAAGGAGGUUGGGGAUAAGGGACUUUGGGGAAUUGUUAACAAUGCCGGACGCUCGUUACCCAUGGGUCCUACAGAGUGGAUGAGAGUGGAGGAUUUCCACAGCACAUUGAAGGUCAACAUGAAUGGAACGAUUGCCAUGACGAUGACCUUCCUGCCCCUCAUCAAAAAGGCUCGGGGCCGCAUUGUAAACAUAGCAUCGGUUCUGGGUAGGGUGGCUGCAAACGGUGGUGGAUACUGCAUCUCCAAAUUUGCAGUGGAGUCUUUCUCUGACUGCCUCAGGAGAGAUAUAAACUACUUUGGAAUCAAUGUGUGCAUCAUUGAGCCAGGAUUUUUCAAGACUGCGGUGACGAGCCUGGACCCCCUGGAGAGGGAGCUGCACCGCCUGUGGAACCAGCUCACCCCUGAAGUCCAAGCCAGCUAUGGAGACAAGUACCUUGAUAAAUACAUCAAGGUCCAGCGUUUUAUCAUGAAGGCAGUCUGCGACACCGACCUCUCCAAGGUGACCGGCUGCAUGGAGCACGCUCUGACGGCGGCCUACCCUCGCACCAGGUACAGCCCGGGCUGGGACGCCAAGCUGCUGUGGAUCCCCCUCUCCUACAUGCCCAGCUGUGUGGUCGACAUCGGGCUGAGGCUGGUGCUGCCCCGCCCGUCAAAGAGUGUGUAAAUCAUGAUGCCUUGGAAGAAACUUGUUCAAAGUUAUCAGCCUUUAUAUGUCAUUUUAUGUCAUUUUAAUGCAGUGCAGAGGUUGAUAUCAAUUAAUUAACAUCUUGCCUUUCAAAAUACCCAUAUUCCUUAUCUACAUUUUCCAGGCAUUACUCUAUUGCUGUUAUUAAUUUAUAUGUGCAUAAUCUGCCAUGUAAAGGUUUGUUUCCUUAAGACAUUUAGACAAGAGAUAAAAUAAUUAAACUGUAAUGUAUAUUUUACUGUUUAAUUCAUUUUCUUUGUAAAUUCUAUGCUGUGCCUUUUGAAGCUGUUAUUUAUGUUCCUUGAUAUGAAUGCUGUUAAACAUCAGAGACUAAAUUCAACAGGAUUUUAUUAUCAAUUAACUCUCUGAAUGCUAAGAUCUGUUUAACUUGGACACAAAUAAAAUAAAUGGCAAAAAGCUUUAUGAUUUACACACACCAAUAUGCAGUCACAUCACGAUGAUUUCUGAAUAGCCUUGUUGAAUGUAUUUUUAUCAAUGCACAUAUGCUAGCAUAUAACUGUUUGUUAUUUUCAUUCUUGUAAUUGUUGUUGCUCCACUCUGGGUGGACAAACACUCUAUCGCCCUGAGGCUUGAAUGCUUUUAAUACAUUCAAAAUCUAAAAGUACAUUUUAAAUCAACAUGACGGUAUACUCUGGUGUUAUUACAUCCCUUAUUGUGUUGCUUUAAAAGUGCUAAGUAAGUGUUUUCUGGACACUCAUAUUCUCUAAGCAGUAUCUACUAGUAUUAAGUGUCUGUCGCUGAAAAAAAGUGAACUUUCACUUGUAUUAAUCUUUAUAACGUGCUUCUUGCACACAGUUCUUAAGGCUAUCAGUUGAGUUAGGUAUCAGUUAAGCCAUUGGAGGAAUGUCCUAAACAGGUUCAGCUGUUGGUGAACGUAAUAAUACAGUGAGAGGCCUGUUGGCUGACCAUGUGUCGUUGCACAACAGGUCAAAGGCUUUCUUUCACUGGAAUGCCUGAAUAUAGUAGUUAGGGACUGGUUUUAGAUCAUUUCAUGAAACCAACUGUACUAACUACAGCUUUCUUGGGAAAAUUAUAAAAGAAAAAAAAGUCUUACUACUUUAAUAUUGUAGACUAUUUUAUUCCUGAUACUCAAUUAUGUGGUCACACAUAACUUGUAUCUUGACUGACACCCAUAACGUUAGCAGUCCUCUGCUCGCGAUACACAUUUCUAGCCCCUGAAUGGCUACUGUAGCUGUCAGUCAACUCAAAUGACAGCCACCACAUGAGGUAGCGUGCCUGAAUUUAGGUCAAGACAUAGACCCUCUGCUGCAUUCAAGUGCCGUUCGUAAACGAAAAAAUUAUCUCCUAACUUUAUGGAGUAUGUUUGGACACUAAUGACGAAAGUGUUAUGAUUAUUACGUGUUGCAGAGAUGUUUCAUGUAUAUUCAAGUGCAUAAAUGUGAUGAAUAUAAGGAUAAUUCAUCCUAAAGU